AUGACGACCGACAAACAGAUCGAUGUUCUGUUGUACGGACUUGGCGCAUUAACGGUCGUCGCUAGGUCAAACUACGACGCAGUGAAGAAGAAUGGAAUCAUUAUCUCCAGCGAAAACCACGGAGAGCACACUGUCCGCCCAUACAAAGUCGUAAAAAAUGCUGUCGAGGCAGAUGCAAAGUUUGACUAUAUUGUCUGCGCCCACAAGGCCAUUACGCAAGAUGCUGUGCCGGCGCAGAUUGCCCCAGCUGUAAAUGAAGAUAAGUCAACGAUCGUCAUCAUCCAGAACGGCGUCGGUAAUGAGGAGCCGUUCCGUAAAGCGUUCCCCCACACAACAAUCAUCUCAUGUGUGACCUGGACCGGAGCCGCGCAGCCGCAGCCGGGACAUGUCAAGCAUACCAAAUCCGAGGACAUGCAGAUAGGGUUAUACGCGAACAACGCUGACCAAGCAGUGGAGAAACGGCGACUGAAUGAGUUUGCUUCCUUACUGACGGAGGGCAAGACCGUCUUCCAAUUGGUCCCCAACAUCCAGAUUCAGCGUUGGGAAAAGGUGGUCUGGAACGCCGCUUGGAACUCGCUCACAACGUUGACGCUCCUCGACACCCACUCCUGGUUGAGCUCAUCACCAGAAGCUACGCCCUUGACUCAGCGCCUUAUGAGAGAAGUCAUCGACGUUGCCAAAGGGUGCAACGUACCUAUUGAGUAUGACUUGGUUGAUAAGCUCAUCAGCAAGAUCUUGGCCAUGCACCCCAUUGGCAGCAGCAUGCAAAACGACUUCAAGGCCGGACGGCCAAUGGAAGUCGACAUUAUCCUUGGUUAUCCAUACCGUAAGGGCAAAGAGCUGGGUAUUGCAACACCAACAUUGGACACUAUUUACGUCAUUCUGACCGGUACCAACCUCCGGCUAAUGAGAGAAUCUGGGCAGUAG